AUGCCCUUCCCGAGCACCCAGAGCCCGCCUCAAUCACCCACCGAAAACAGCCAACCCCCCGACGUCUCGCACUUGAGUCCCGAACAGCAAGUCCAACGGGACAAGAAGAUCAAGGCCCUCCAGGCUUCCAUCGCAGAUAUCCAAUCUCAAACCGCUCAACUCGAGGCUCAAAUCGCUGAGACGAAAGCGAAACUUAAGAAUGAUCCCUCGAUGACGGUGAAGCAUCAUAUUCGUCUUCUCCAUGAGUAUAACGAAAUCAAGGACGUUGGACAAGGUCUGCUGGGUCUCAUUGCAGAUGCCCGUGGAAUGAGACAGAUCGAUGUGCAGCGGGAAUUUGGGCUGGGGGAUCGGGACUAA